AUGUCUAUUAUGUUGGUCCGCAAGUGCAUUACCGCUCCUGUCGCUAGAGCGUUCUCCACUUCCAGAGGGUGCUUGAAUGAAGCGUUUGAUGAGUCUGCCCAGGGCUUGAACCACUUUGUGGAGUACUUGCAGACGCCGCCGAGAUUGAGAACGUUGUUGUACGACCCUGCAAAGGCCGAGAGAGUUAUGAGAUUGAGAAUUCCAAACCCAAAGUUCAAUGCCUUGACCGGUGCUGAGAAGCGCAAGCUCUCGGAUGAGGAGUACUACUUCCAGCCUAGAAACAAGGGUGAGCACUUCCCGCCACGUGAGCUUGAGUUGAACCGCAUUCUCGAAGCAUCUUUCCCUUCUGCCGAGAGCUUGGCUGAGAAUUUGCCUAAGGUCAAGGCGUUGAUUGUGGACAUUAACUCGGGGUACCAGGAGUACCUCACGACCAACCACUUGAUCAACUUGUUGUCGAAGUUUGCUGAGCUCAACCAGGUCCCACAGGGCUUGGACUUUACGGAGAAGAAGAAUAAGUACUUUUUGCGCCCAUUGAUUGCGGAAGAGAAGUGGAUCACCCGCGACUUAGCCGCCACCAAGCCUAAGUUUGCGCUCUUGGCAUCCAGAAUCGAGAUACAGAGGUUGCAGCUCUUCACCAACUUGUUGAGAUUCCACUACUACGCACAGAACCCGGCUGGUGAGAAUGUGGUUCAGGAAAUCACCAAGGCUGAGACCUUGCACAAGGAGUUUACCGAGUACAACUUUGGCACCGACCCGACCGCCGCAGAGGACGCGGAGUUGACCUUGUUCAAUUCCUUGUUGAAGUACGCCAUUGCCGCACAGGCCCAGGUGCCAGCAGCGAUCUUGCAGCAGCUCAGCACCGAGAUCGUCGCGCAUGCCGCAGUCUCCCAGGACAGAUUGGCCGCCGUGAUCGCCAACGCGCAGGACGCCAAGUUUCCUCACAGCAUUGGCACCGGUUUGCUUGCCAUCAAGGUCUUUCAGGAUACAUUGGCGCAGCACGGUGAUGCAGCGUUGACCGCAUUGAAUGCGGAGGUGUUGGUGCCGUACUUGCAGAAGCUGUCUGUCGCGCACGCCGAGGAACUCAGUGCUGUCGUGGAUUUGUUCGAAAACAAGUUCAAGUUUGCCGCCGAAUCCGAAGCUGAGGUUGAAACCAAAGACAAAUAAGUGUAUAAAGUCCCUGUAUAUAAAUGUUAGAUAUUAGGUGUAGAUGAGUUGCAUUACCCAUACCGGUACUUCAGGUUAUGUAAUGCAAGGUCAUGUACAUAUGUUCUCCCCUGGGAUUGAAGCGCUGUAUACGAUCCAAGGUAAUAUGAAGGAAUGUAACUCCGUUGGCGUCCAAAAGAUAUAGGCGUUUCAUGUAUAAGUUCCUUC